GGAGAUGUCCAACGAGAUGAUGAACUUGGACCCCAAGGACUUUCCCGCCGACUUCUUCGCCCCACCCCCAGAUAUCAGUGCGUUCACCAUCUCCAACCACUCGGGUGAAGAUGCUGCCUCCUGCGGAUCUCUCUCAUCGGUAUGUCUAUCUCCAUCGGCAUUGAACGAUGAACCAUAACUAACAUGUACUCAAUAGGACCUUGACAGUGAUGACCAAUCAUGGUCUCCUACCUGCCGUGUCUCUCCCCUUGAGCCUAUCCACAUGGAGCUGCCUAAGCCUGCUGCUCGCACUCCCAAGACAUCUACUCGUCGCAAGACGACGUCUCAACCGAAGG